CUUUGAUUCUUGAGGAGGAGUGGGAUAGUUAACAACAAUAUCCGAGCCAUAUGCAGGUCUUGAAAUAGGAACACAGGGAGAGAAGAGAAACCACCAAGAAAAAAAAAACCAUGGAACUCAACAGAUGUACUGUGCAGCAACCUAUCACCACCAUUUACCGACUCCACAUGUUUCUCCACUCUCUAAUCAUGCUUGCAUUAGUAUACUAUCGUUUAUCUCAUUUGCUUUACCUUGAAAACUUCCUCACUUUACAAGCAUUUGCAUGGGUGCUUAUCACCUUAGGUGAAGUUAGUUUCAUCAUCAAGUGGUUCUUCGGACAAGGGACUCGUUGGCGCCCGGUUGUCAGGGACGUAUUCCCUGACAACAUAACAUGCCACAAUUCUCAGCUUCCGGGAAUUGACGUGAUGGUCUUCACUGCCAACCCUAAGAAAGAGCCAAUUGUGGAUGUCAUGAACACUGUGAUAUCCGCAAUGGCUCUUGAUUACCCGACAGACAAGUUGGCGGUGUAUCUAUCUGAUGACGCGGGAUGCCCCUUGACAUUGUACGCCAUGGAGGAAGCGUGUUCUUUUGCUAAGUUGUGGCUCCCUUUCUGUGAGAAGUAUGGAAUCAAAACAAGGUGCCCCAAAGCGUUUUUUUCUCCAUUAGGGGAAGAUGAUCGUGUUCUUAAGAACGAUGACUUUGUAGCUGAAAUGAAAGAAAUUAAAUUAAGAUAUGAGGAGUUCCAGCAGACUGUGAACCGUGCUGGUGAAUCAGGAAAAAUCAAAGAUGAUGUAGUGCCUGAUAGAGCCCCGUUUAUCAAGGUAAUAAAUGACAGGAAAAUGGAGAAAGAGAAGAGCUCCAAUGGUUUGACGGAAAUUCCUAUGCUAGUGUACGUAUCCCGUGAAAGAAGAACUCACCGUCGUCAUCACUUCAAGGGUGGAUCUGCAAAUGCUCUUCUUCGAGUUUCAGGGAUAAUCAGUAAUGCCCCGUAUUUACUGGUUUUAGAUUGUGAUUUUUUCUGUCAUGAUCCAACAUCAGCUCGGAAGGCAAUGUGUUUCCAUCUUGAUCCAAAGAUAUCACCUUCUUUAGCUUAUGUGCAGUUCCCUCAAGUGUUUUACAAUGUCAGCAAGUCAGAUAUUUACGAUGUCAAAAUCAGACAGGCUUACAAGACAAUAUGGCACGGGAUGGAUGGUAUUCAAGGCCCAGUGUUAUCGGGAACUGGUUAUUUUCUGAAGAGGAAGGCGUUAUACACGAAGCCAGGUCUAAAGGAUGAAUUUCUUGGUUCACCGGAGAAGCAUUUCGGAUCAAGUAGAAAGUUCAUUGCUUCACUAGAGGAGAACAAUGGUUACAUUUAUAAGCAAGAGAAAGUCAUAUCAGAAGAUAUCAUAGAGGAAGCUAAGACCCUGGCUACUUGUGUAUACGAGGAUGGCACACAAUGGGGUGAAGAGAUCGGUUAUUCCUACAAUUGCCAUUUAGAGAGCACAUUUACUGGUUAUCUUUUGCACUGCAAAGGAUGGACAUCGACAUAUUUAUAUCCAGAAAGACCAUCUUUCUUGGGGUGUGCCCCAGUUGAUAUGCAAGGUUUCUCCUCACAACUCACAAAAUGGGUCGCUGCACUCACACAAGCUGGUCUAUCACGUUUGAAUCCCCUCACUUAUGGCAUGAAGAGCAGGAUUAGAACUAUCCAAUGUUUGUGCUAUGCCUAUUUGAUGUAUUUCUCUCUCUAUUCUUGGGGAAUGGUUUUGCACGCCAGUAUUCCGUCUAUUAGCCUUUUACUUGGCAUUCAAGUGUACCCCGAGGUCUAUGAUCCUUGGUUUGCAGUGUAUAUAAUCGCUUUCAUAUCGAUAAUUUUGGAGAAUAUGUCGGAGUCAAUUCCAGAAGGCGGAUCGGUUAAAGUGUGGUGGUUGGAAUACAGGGCACUGAUGAUGAUGGGAGUUAGUUCAAUAUGGUUAGGAGGAGUGAAAGCUAUAGUUGAAAAGAUUAUCGGAGCACAAGGUGGAGAGAAAUUGUAUUUGUCGGACAAAGCAAUUGAUGAGGAAAAGCUCAAGAAAUACGAGAAGGGAAAAUUUGAUUUCCAAGGGAUAGGGAUGUUGGCUGUACCAUUGAUAACAUUGUCCGUGUUGAAUUUGGUAGGUUUCAUGGUUGGAGCUAAUCAAGUGAUUAUUACUAUGAGGUUUGAAGAUGUGCUUGGCCAACUCCUCCUGUCAUCCUUCUUUGUCUUUGUGGUGGUCACUGUUGUCAUAGAUGUUGUAUCUUUCUUAAAAGAUUCUUAAACAUCUAGUGAUGUCAAAUGUAAUCUAGUAUUUGGACGUGCUAUGUUGAUCUCUCUUGAAUAAAAAGGACUUCGAAUUAUUCGAUGACAGAAAA